GCCAACAACUGACGUAGUCUUGUUUCAACGCAUGAGGAUCGUCGUCGGGGUUGGUAACAGUGAAGAUCGAUACCCGCCAGGUGAAGAACAUCCCAAGUGCCGACCACGAACUGCUUCUCGUCUUCGCAUUCCAAGAACUGUACAGUUUAAAGUCGCGUCGAAAGAUUAAACAGCUGCCGUAAACUUUUCAACUAAAAACAAGAGGUAAUAAAAUGGAAUCGGGCCACAAGUCAAACGCAGGUUUGCGAAAACACGAUAUUAAGAAGCAUCAAGUUACAGCUACAAACUUAGAACACGCUACGGCCAUGUUCACCACGAUGACAGUGAACGCUAUAGCUACUGAAGAUACACUUACUGUAUAUGAGUCAGCCGUAGGCAAUCCUAGUAAUCCCGUUGAAGACGAGUCGACCGAAAACAAGUCCGCUGUAGGUGAGCCAGCUAUAGGAGAACCAGGUAUAGACGAAUCCCAGGUUGAUGAGUCUGACCUAAACGAAUUCGAAAUUGAGGAGUCUGAAUUCAAUGAGUCCGAUAUUGAGGAGUCUGACUUCGAUGAGUCCGAUAUUGAGGAGUCUGACUUCGAUGAGUCCGAUAUUGAAGAGUCUGACUUCGAUGAGUCCGAUAUUGAGGAGUCUGACUUCGAUGAGUCCGAUAUUGAGGAGUCUGACUUCGAUGAGUCCGAUAUUGAAGAGUCCGAAACUGUGGAGUUCGAUGCUGAGGAGUCCGAUACUGAUGAGUCCGAUUUCGAUCCAGGUUAUUCCAACAUUGAUAAUGUUCUCGCAAACGAGCACAAUCUAGACGAGUUCAAACAUUUCGUAAAUUACAUUGACCAAAGCAACAUUGAUCAGCAUUUUAUCGUGAAGAUACACACAAAAGCUAUAUACAACAUAAAGCCACUGGAAAAAGAACCUUCGGCACUUCAAUUGGGACAGUUCACGGAAAAACUAGUGUUGCAUAUAUGGGUGUUGCAGAUGCAAGAUUCGCUUGACAUUGACCGAUGGAGUGGAUUAUUGAUGCAUAUAAUUUACAGUAAAUUGGACCCGGGGACUAGGAACUUGUGGAACAAAUUCAUUUGGGAUUGUAAAAUACAUGGUAGGAAUGUCACCAUGACGAAAAUUUUGGAUUUUUUGCGAGCCACGUGUCGCAAAUACGAAAUUAAGAAACUACCCAGAUCCUUAAGUUGCAUCAAUUAUGUUUAUAACAAUUUAGAUUCCAAACGUUGACACUAUAAUGUUUAUAACUUACUGCUUCUUAAAAAAAAAAUUCCAAACAAAUGCUCUUUGAUUUC